CUGAGGGUGACAGGCAGCUCCGCUGGUGUGUGUCCCGGGCCUACUACCUGUAGUUAGCCACACAAGUGACCACUAAAGACGAUAGUGGAGAGUAAAGUCAGAGUUUUAUUUUGAGUCAGUGGAAAUUCUUCAUUUGAACGUCAAGUGGCGGGACUUUCGCGAUAACGUUAGCCCGUAGUCCUUCUUCCGCGAGGCCUUUGUUCAACAAGUUAGCAAACUAACCAGAUGUGAGCCGUGAACUUUCCAGACCAAAGCUCGCUAACAAAUCUGUGGGCCGGGUAAUGCAUUGAGGCAGCAAUGGAGACCACGGGCAGUGCCACUGAAGGCGACCCUCUGAAGAGGGGAGAGGACGGGGCAGAGACGGGAACAGUGUCAUCAGCAUCAGAGCUGAAGAAGAAGAAGAGUUGUAAGGAAGUCUUGGGUUUUUCCAAACUGACCCAUUGGCGAACUGCAGUCUUCUUCUUCUCCUUGUUCCUCUGCCUCACCAUAGUGUUUGCCUUCUCAUUCAUCAUCCCCUGUCCCGUCAGACCACAGUAUCUCGUUAGCUGGAACAAGACUUUCUCUGAAGCAGCGACCUAUGACUUCCUAGCUAUUGAAGAUGCGAGCAAAGACAAGGUGAUGGAUGUCCUGUUUGUCAUCAAAAACACAGAAGUCAGUCUAAACAAGACAUGUACUGACGCAGGUCUUUCCUCGCCAUGUGUGUUUGUGUUGGCAGUGGAUGGGACCGAUGGACAGACCCUGUGGGAGCGCCCGCUGGCCCCCGAGUUCCACUGGGCCCAGUGUGGUCUGGAUGAGGAGACAGGCAGAACCUGGGACUGUCUGCUGUCCCAUUCUGACAAACUCACAGCUGUCGACAAAUACUCUGGUGAGAUCAUGUGGCAGCAGCCUCAGCCCCCCGGUCUGAACGGCACCGUGCCUGUUCUCAUUGUCCCAGAUCUGGAUGGGGACAAGGUCAGCGAUGUGGCUCUGGUGGCAUAUGACAACACGCAGACUCAGCUGGCAUUCCUCUCAGGGAACACAGGCGUCCAGAUAGGCUCUACGGUUGUUCUCGACUCCACAGAGACGGCCAAUCACCUUCUCCAUCGCACGAAGGAAGGUUCUUACUAUGUGCUACUGCAAAAAGACACGGGCGUGUAUGGACUGGCACUGUGGAAGAUUGCUGCCAAGGCUAAAGCAGGGAUGGAGGUGGGCCUCAAGAAGGACAAACGCUGGGAGAAGAAUGCCAGCGCAGCAUCUGGCCUCGUGCCCGUCUACGAAUCUGAUUCAGUGAGACAAGUGCUAAGAAUAGGAGUAACAGGUGGUACACCCGACCUGCUGCUGGUGACAGGAAACGAGGUGGCGGUAGUUGAUGGAAAACAUUUGCAGCUACUGUGGAGAUUCAAUACGAGCUCAAUCCUCAGUGAGCCCUCCUUUGGCCACUUUAACAAAGACGACGUCCUCGAUGUUGUGGUCGAGGAGGAUAUCGGCAACAACACAAAGAGGGUAAUGAUUCUUGAUGGGAAGUCCGGUGGUGUGCUGUGGGAAGUCAGCCUUUUGGCCAGUCCUAACUCGCCGAGACCCGCCGCGAUACACACCACCAACUCCUUCUCAGUCUUUAUGUUUUGGGGCAUGCUGCCCUCAGUGACCAACUCAUCUGAACCAUUUGCAAGUGAUCGACAUUCUUACUUGCUCCACCCUCUCUAUUCUAAAGUCCUCCUGCAGUCGACCAAUGUCAUGGACCACAUCAUAACAUUUAAAGCCACUCUGUUGGAGAAUGGACGCCAUGCUGCCUACAUCCUGCUGACAGGUCCUGGCACGGAGGGAGCUGAAGGCACCGUGGUCCUCAGCAAGCGAAAGCUGAAGCAGGACGUCCCAGACAGCAAAGUGCGCCCUAUUGGUCCCGGCGGAAGUACAGAGACCGAUGAAGUCAUCAGAGAGGCCUUCAGUCGUCUCCGCUUCAGCGAUUGGUGAAAGGACCAACUGUAAAAUGUAGAGUGUGUCCUCAGUGUUGAAACCAUUUCGGCACAGCUGACUUUAUGGUGGCUUAAUUAAAAAAACAAAGUGUGUACACUAGCUAUGACUUUCAAACUGCUGACAACCAAAAAAAUCCUUUUGUGUUGAGAGACUUGGGUCGACUUGAUUUGACAGAGCUCUUCCAUUAAUCUCCAUUGGACAAACUUGGCAUUAUAUGUUUUCAGACUUGACUGCAUCCACACUAUCACGAGUUUGAUCCGACAAUCGCACAGCAUGUCUGCUCCUCUCCUGCUGAUAAAUCCAUCAACAGUUCCUGCCAUGCACUACUGUUUCUAGCACUUUCAUGCAUUAAUGCAAAGCUCUUUUUUUUAAUUGCAGAGGCUGGAUUAUUAUUUGAAUCUAUGCACCUUUAUCAUAUUGGGCUUUGAAAGCAGCAGGUGGUAGUUCAAAGUGUAUUUUAAAUGAUGGCAGCCUAAAAGGCACAAUCGUAGGGCUUUUCUCUUGGUAUCUUUCCUAAAACUUGUGCAGUACAACAGACAGAUGUAUGCUGAAACUUGAAAUAUGACAGAAACCCCACCAACCUUACACUAUGUGGUUACAUUUUCUGUUUGUAGUCAAUGGCACUGUCGAUAAUCAAGAUGUGUGUCCUUAACGUUUUUAAUCCAAGAUGCUGUACCUAGUGAUGCUCUUGAAUGCACACUGACUUAACCUUUGAGGCACUCAAUGCUGUGUCUCAAAGGUUCUCAUAAUAUUGAGUUACUGCUGUGGGUUUUGUGUCAGUGAUGUGUUUUAGUUUUAGUUAAAAUGAGCUUCCUGUUUUUGCUGUACAUUAGUGUAUUGAACCUGUGGGCCUUUUGUCAGAGCUCACGUUUCUCUCUCUGGCUCUGUUUUCGUUUGAGCAAUAUUAAACUAUUUAAAAAUAA